AUGCGGCCGAUCCAAAAUUUCCAUUUUGUUCCUCAGGAAGAAGUCGAAAACGUCUGCAUGUAUAAACCAGGCGGAUACCACCCAGUCAAGCUCGGCGAUGUCUUUCGAAACAACCGGAACUUGAAGUAUAGGGUCAUUGGCAAGCUUGGACAUGGAUCCUUUGCAACUGUUUGGCUUGCAAAGGAUGAACCCACAGGGCGUGUAUACGGCGUCACUUUUGUUGUGCACUAUGUGGCUCUGAAGAUUCUUACAGCGGAUGCAACCGCCAGCCGGAAUGAGGCACACUUGCUGACCUGGCUGAGAGACCAGUCGAAGGAACAUCCCGGAUACCGUCAUAUUGCACAUGUACUCGAUACCUUUCAAGUAAAGGGGCCAAAUGGCGCGCAUGAUGUCUUGGUGAUGGAGCCUGUGGCGUCCCUUUUCUGGAUGCAAUUGAAUGCCAGCGAUGUUCUUAAUUCCCACGUCAAGAGCUUCCUUCAACAAGUGUUUACUGGGCUGUCGUACUUGCACAGCUCGGGUGUCAUGCAUGGAGGAAACUUCGCCUUAGCGCUUCCUAGUCUACAUAAACAUGGUGAAGCUGAACUGUUGAAUUUCUUCAGCGGCAUGGAGGCAACAGUUCUUCUGACUGUAGACCCAACGAACCAGACGGAUUCGUUGCCCCCUUACGUGCUUCCUCCAAUAAAUCUAGUAGAGCUGGUAAUAAAGGACAUCCGCGCCUCAAAGAGCGACGAGUUAUGCGUCAAGACCAUUGACUUUGGAAAUGCCUUCCGACGAGGGGAUCCAAGACCUCCGCCAGAGUCACCGCCGUAUAUCCGAGCUCCAGAAAUUGAGAUUUGGCAACGAUCCAAGGGGAAGCCGCAUCAGAUUGGGGGAUCCAGGGGGACAUCUGGUCCAUGGGCUGCACAGUAUGCCUACGACAUGAUUUGGGGCAAGGCCUUCUUUUAUCUAUGGGGUGACAAAGACGUCUUGCUAUCUAACGUGGCCAAAUGCGGAGGACCGUUGCCUACCUCGUGGCUGCCUUACAUAGACAGUAAACAUGUUGGAGCGGCCUCGAAUCCAGCGCGGGACGAGGAAUGGGAUAGAAUUCGCGACACUGCACUGAAUAUCGACCCACAGCCAUACCACAGCCGUUGUGGGAGGAAAUACGCGUCUCAUGAUUGA